CGUCUCUGUCUGAAUCUUGGUCUCUUUGACGCGCUGGAGAAGUUCCACUCAGUGCCCCUAACUUUUCAUCGUAUUUUACUCUUUCUUCUUUUUGUUGGUGUUUUCUUCCAUUUUUGGUCUGAUAUCCGGCAUAGCAGAAGAGAGAAGGAAGAUUCCACAGUAGACUGCAGUCUCCAUUUCCAAAAGCAGAGCUAUUGUUAAUCAUGGAUUCGAUAACUGCAUACGAGGCGACUAACUAGACUGCUUCUAAAUGAUCUGCAAGUCUGUAAUCUGAGAUUUGCGAGAUCGGUAUUUUGGAUCGGUAGCUGAAGUACGAGAGGUCAAGUGAUUUUUUUGUUUUUCAGUAUGGGGAGUUAUAUGAAGGAGUUCUCGGAGGUAAAGGCGAAGAACUCGUCGGAGGAGGCGUUGCAGCGGUGGAGGAAAGCGUGUUGGCUGGUGAAGAAUCAUAAGAGGAGAUUUCGAUUCACUGCUAAUCUCUCCAAGCGCUUCGAAGUUCGCGAGAUCCAGAAAUCCAAUCAGGAGAAGCUUAGAGUUGCAGUCUUAGUCUCCCAAGCAGCCCUUAGUUUCGUUCAAGGUAUCAGCUACAAGGUACCAGAUGCAGUGAAGGGAGCAGGUUUUGAAAUAUGUGCUGAUGAGUUAGGAUCGAUUGUUGAGGGCCAUAAUUCAAGGAAGUUAAAAGUUCAUGGUGGUCUUGAGGGUAUUGCAGACAAGCUCUCUACUUCACUGAACAAUGGAAUCAAUAUUUCUGAGGAGUCCCUUAAUCGCAGAAGAGAAACAUAUGGAAUUAAUAAGUUCACUGAGAGCCCAGCAAAGGGAUUUUGGCUUUUUGUAUGGGAAGCCCUGCAAGAUACUACCCUCAUGAUACUUGGCGUAUGUGCCCUUGUCUCUCUAAUUGUUGGAAUUGCAACAGAAGGAUGGCCAAAAGGUGCUCAUGAUGGACUUGGGAUUGUUGCCAGUAUUCUUCUUGUUGUGUUUGUCACUGCUACAAGUGAUUUUAAACAGUCGUUACAGUUCAAGGAUUUGGAUAAGGAGAAGAAAAAGAUUACUGUUCAGGUAACUCGAAAUGGGUACAGACAAAAGAUUUCCAUAUUCGAUUUACUAUCUGGUGACAUCGUUCAUCUUGCCAUUGGGGAUCAGGUCCCAGCUGAUGGACUCUUUGUUUCAGGUUAUUCCUUGUUAAUAAAUGAAUCUAGUUUAACAGGAGAGAGUGAACCAAUAAAUGUAACCUGUGAAAAUCCUUUUCUCCUAUCUGGAACUAAAGUUCAGGACGGAUCCUGCAAAAUGCUAGUUACCACUGUCGGAAUGAGAACUCAGUGGGGCAAAUUGAUGGCUACUCUUAGUGAAGGAGGCGAUGAUGAAACCCCCUUGCAAGUUAAACUGAAUGGAGUGGCUACAAUUAUUGGAAAAAUAGGUCUGUUUUUCGCUGUUGUCACCUUUGCUGUCCUGGUGCAAGGACUGUUUAGCCGCAAGAUGAAUCAGGGUUCGCACUGGAGCUGGUCUGGAGAUGAUGCCCUGGAAAUGCUGGAAUAUUUCGCGAUUGCAGUAACAAUUGUUGUGGUUGCUGUUCCUGAGGGUUUGCCUUUAGCUGUUACCUUGAGCCUUGCAUUUGCCAUGAAGAAGAUGAUGAAUGACAAGGCACUUGUACGUCAUUUGGCUGCUUGUGAGACCAUGGGAUCUGCCACAACUAUUUGUAGUGACAAGACUGGAACGCUAACUACUAAUCACAUGACUGUUGUAAAAGCAUGUAUUUGUGGGAAAAUAAAAGAAGUUAGUAGCUCUGUUAAAACUUCUGCUUUUUGCUCAGACAUUCCUGAUUCUGUUGUGAAAAUGGUUCAGAGGUCGAUAUUCAACAACACUGGUGGAGAUAUAGUCACGACUCAAGAUGGGAAAAUUGAGAUCCUUGGUACACCCACUGAGACUGCAAUUCUGGAAUUUGGACUCUUUCUUGGAGGAGAUUUCCAAGCAGAGCGACAGGCCUCAAAGCUUGUCAAAGUUGAGCCAUUUAAUUCCACUAAGAAGCGCAUGGGUGUGGUCUUGGAGCUACCUGGUGAAGGUUUUCAGGCGCAUUGCAAAGGUGCAUCUGAGAUUAUCUUGGCAGCAUGUGAUAAGGUACUGGACUCAACUGGCGAGGUUGUUCCCCUGGAUGAAUCAUCAAUGAAUCAUUUGAAGGAUACAAUUGAACAUUUUGCAAGUGAAGCUCUUAGAACCCUAUGCAUUGCAUACAAGGAUAUUGGUGGUGACUUCUCUGCUGAAAAUCCUAUUCCCUUUGAGGGUUAUACUUUGAUAGGAAUUGUGGGCAUUAAAGAUCCAGUUCGCCCCGGAGUCAAGGAGUCAGUUGCAAUUUGUAGGUCAGCCGGCAUUGUGGUCCGGAUGGUCACAGGAGAUAACAUAAACACCGCUAAGGCAAUAGCUAGGGAAUGUGGAAUACUGACUGAUGAUGGCAUUGCUAUUGAGGGCCCAGAAUUUCGGAAGAAAAGUGAAGAGGAGCUGCAGGAACUCAUCCCAAAACUACAGGUAAUGGCGCGCUCUUCACCAAUGGAUAAGCAUACUCUGGUGAGACAUCUAAGAUCCACAUUUCAGGAGGUUGUUGCUGUGACAGGAGAUGGAACAAAUGAUGCUCCUGCACUUCAUGAAGCAGAUAUUGGUCUUGCAAUGGGAAUUUCUGGAACUGAGGUGGCCAAAGAGAGUGCUGAUGUUAUAAUUCUGGAUGACAAUUUCUCCACUAUUGUUACUGUGGCGAAAUGGGGCCGCUCAGUUUAUGUUAACAUUCAAAAAUUUGUUCAAUUUCAGCUUACAGUUAAUGUAGUUGCUCUAAUUGUCAACUUCUCUUCAGCAUGCUUGACAGGCAAUGCUCCCCUUACCGCUGUUCAACUUCUAUGGGUCAACAUGAUCAUGGAUACACUGGGAGCACUUGCGCUGGCCACUGAGCCUCCAACAGAUGAGUUAAUGAGGAGAUCACCAGUUGGACGCAAAGGAAACUUCAUCAGCAAUGUCAUGUGGAGGAAUAUCUUGGGGCAGUCCAUUUAUCAGUUCGUUAUCAUAUGGUAUCUGCAAACAUCCGGAAAAGCAGUGUUCCAUCUUGAUGGCCAAGAAUCAGAUUUAAUUCUUAACACACUCAUUUUCAACUCAUUCGUCUUUUGCCAGGUUUUCAACGAGAUAAGCUCCAGAGACAUGGAGAAGAUAAACGUCUUCAGAGGCAUACUCGACAACUACGUUUUUGUGGGUGUACUUAGCUGCACUGUCCUCUUCCAAAUCCUUAUCGUUGAAUUCCUGGGCACAUUUGCCAACACCUAUCCUCUAACGUGGCAGCAAUGGUUGGCUAGCAUUCUGCUUGGAUUUCUUGGCAUGCCUAUUGCUGCUGCUAUAAAGAUGAUCCCUGUAGGAUUGAGGUAAAAUCCACUUCUGCUGGUGUUGGUAUAAGGGUUUUGAGGGCUUAGAACUGGAAUUAGGAAUACUUAAACAGUUGCAAGUAUGCCUUAACACUUCUAAUUCCAAUUCUAUGAUUCGAAACUCAAUGGAUCAAAUACACUGUCAGUAGCUUCUGAGACAAAAACUUCAAAAUGGAGAUAAAAUUCCAACAUGGUUACAGCUACAGAAUCAAUCCAAUAUCGAUUCUAUGGCUACAUUCAAGUGCUACAUGCAUCUGCAGAAGGACGACCAAUUUUGUAAUCAACAUUCUAGAGUUAUUCGGAUAUUUGGUUUUGAAGUACUGACAGAACUAAUCAAUUUCAGUUGCCUUACCAAGGUAUCAGGACUUUGAAUUUAUUGCAUUACUGCAGAUGUAUGUAAUCAGGAUGUUCCAUUUUUUAUCACUACAGUGAUCAUUUUUUCCUUGGAUUCUGAAAGUUUUUGACAUGUAAGAUAUCCUUCUCUUAUUUCAAGGAUAUUACCUUGCAGAUUGGACAAUUUUUACCGGUUUUUUA